AUGCCUAACAUCAAACCUCCCAAGACCGUCCUGAUCGUCGGCGGCGGCGAGUUCGGUUCCACGACAGCCCUUGAGCUUGCCAAAACGACGUACAAGGGCCAGGCACACCUGAUCAAAGUGCUGGACCGAAGUGCUACGCCUCCCGCGACCGAUGCGGCCAGCUACGACUUCAACAAGAUUGUCCGCCAGGAAUACUCGGACCCACUGUACGCCCGUCUGGCGCAUGACGCAAUGGAUCUCUGGCGUCAGGACUGGAAGGAGUACUACCACGAGUGUGGUGUAGUUGUCUCCGUGUCGAGCGACACACCCCAGGCUAAGAGCGGCUACAUCGCGCGCGCUCUUGCGGCCAACGCCGCUCCGGGCAUGCAGACGCCUGGCUUGGGUGCCAAAGUCCUCCACGGCCGGAAGGAGGUUGAGGGAUUCUACCCGGACAUCGAACUUGGCGACUUUGCAGGACAAGAUGUUUACAUCAAUCACGCCGGCGGUUGGGCGAACGCGCGAGGCGCGACCGAAGCUGCUGUUGCACGAGCGCGAGCGCUGGGCGUCAAGUUUGUCGGAGGGACAGCCUCAUCGCUAAUCAAGGAAGGCAAUCGGGUCGUGGGCGUGGAGACGGAUUGUGGCUCCUACCGUGCCGACAUCGUCAUCCUCACCAUGGGCAGCUGGACGCCGACUCUGCUCCCCGAGCUCUCCUCCACUUGUCUUCCGACCGGACAGGUGGUGGGUGUCAUUGAGCUCUCCGAAGAUGAGGCUGCGCGCUACCGGGACGCCCCUGUCACUCGCCUCAUCGACAAUGGGUUUUACGUCUUCCCGCCCGCCCUCACUGCCUCCGGAUGGGUUAUGAAGUUUGCCAUCCACCAGAAAGGCUUCCUUAACCCGCAGCCGGGAUACCCCUCCCUACCCCGUACUCGGCUGUCAAGGGGUUAUGAGUUCCAGCAGAUUCCCGUUGCUGCUCGCCAACAGCUGAGGAAGGGUCUGUCGCGCGUCUAUCCCGAGAUGGCGAAGAAGGAGUGGAAGGCGAGCAGGUUGUGCUGGUAUUCUGACCGGCCGACUGGCGACUUCCUCCUGGACUGGCAUCCGGUGCUCGAGGGCUUGUUCGUGGCCGCCGGAUGCUGCGGACAUGCGUUCAAGUUCCUUCCAAUCAUGGGACGACUCAUUACAGACGCGAUGGAGGGAAAGCUCAGUGAGGAGCUGAGGGAAAUCUGGAGCUGGAACGGGAAGCAGGGCAGGAGGGACGAGAGCAGGGAUUUCUCAGAGUACCACCGCCUCGACCAGGAGUCGCGCCUGUAG